AUGGACGUGGAGAAGCUCAUCAGAUCCUGCAAGAGCGCCGCGCAAGCCCAGCAGAUAGGCGACGAGCUCGGAUGGCUCACCGGCUCCGAAUCCAGCCCACUUCCGCCCUUCCGCCGCCUCUACUUCUCCAAUCUCCUCAUCCAAAUGCUGGGAGCCGUCGGGUGCGUGGAUCGCGCUCGCCAGAUCUUCGACUCCAUGGUGGCCAAAGAUGGAUUCUCCUGGAACCUGAUGCUGGCUGCCUACAUUCACAACGGCCAGUUGCAUGAAGCACUCGGCCUCUUUGCAGUCAUGCCACGCCGGGACCUCGUUGCCAUGAACACCAUUCUCGCGGCUCAUGCAAGGGAGGGACGUGUCAACGAGUGCCAAUCCCUCUUUUCUGCCAUGCCUCAUCUCACCCUCGUCUCCUGGAACUCCCUGCUCUCGGCGUAUGCCCAAACUGGGCAUCUCGAAAGAGCAAGGAAAGUGUUUGCCUCCAUGCCCGAUAAGAACCAGGUCUCCUGGAACUCGAUCCUUACGGCAUUUUCAGAAGCAGGGAAUCUGGGCGAAGCGAAGAGGAUGUUUUUUACAGAAAUGCCGAGCUGGGACCUCCUCUCGUGGACUGUGUUGCUCUCGGCUUAUGCCCAGUCGGGGCAUCACAAAGAAACCAGGGGUGUGUUCGACGCGAUGCCGGAGAGAGAUAUUGUGUCGUGGAACGCCAUGCUGUCGGCGUACGCACACGGCGGGGGGAGCUUAGCCGACGCGGAGAGCUUCUAUACAGAAGAGAUGGAAGCCAGGAAUUUGGUGUCGUCCAACGCGAUGCUGGCGGCAUUCAUCAGGAAGCUCCAGAUCCCACGGGCAAAGCAGUUCUUUGAUUCGAUGCCAGAGAGGAAUCUCAUCUCCUGGACGGCGCUCAUGAACGGGUUCGCCGAGCACGGCGACGUGGACAGCGCCGCCCGCCUGUUUGCGGAGAUGCCGCAGCUCAGCGUCGUGUCUUGCAAUGCGAUGCUGGCGGUACAUGCCCAGGCGGGGCGCGUGCGGGAGGCGACAGAUCUCUUCCAUGCCAUGCCCGAGAGGAAUCUCAUCUCGUGGACGGCAAUGCUCGAACUGUCUGCGCGAUCGGGAGACUUGGAGUCGGCCAAGGCUCUGUUUGACGGAAUGCCGGAGCAGGACGCGGCGGCGUGCACGGUUCUGCUCACUGCCUACGCCAAUGCCGGGCUGUUGGAGCAAGCCAGAUCCAUCCUGGGCGCCACCCAGUCGCGGGAUGUCAUCCUGUGGAACAGCAUGCUAACGAUCCUUGGCAAUCUCAGGGCCGUGGACGAGGCACGAGACUUGUUCCACGAGAUGAGCGAGCGAAACCCCGUGUCCUGGACUGCCAUGCUUGCUGCCUACGCCCACAACGGGCACUGCGGCUGCGCCGCCAGAAUGUUUGAGCAGAUGCCCGCUAGGAGCCUGGUGGCGUGGAACUCGAUCCUCUCCAUGCUUGCAAGCAACGGCCACUGGCGCCGUGCGGUGGAGAUGUCUUACGAGAUGAUGGUGGCGGGAUUGGAGGCGGACGAGGCCAGCAUCGUGUGCAUACUGAUCGCGAGCAUUCACAGCGGCGACGUGGAAGCCGGGAGGAGGCAUUUCCAGUCGGCAAGCUUCGACCAGUCGGGAGGAGAGUGGAGGCGAGGCAGUGCAAUGCGCCCUUGA